AUGAACAUCUUUACUAAGGUCCCAGGAAUAGCCCAACAAACCAGCAAGCUGGGGUCUGUGUUCCAACGUGCCUUCUACGGGUCCAGCGGAAGGGUGACUCUUUUUGAGCAAAGGAACUUCGCUGGCAGACGACUGGACCUGAGUUCUGACUGUGCCAGGCUCAGUGACAAGAACUUCCCAGAGAGAUGUAACUCUGUGCAGGUGCAGAGCGGAGCAUGGGUUGGUUAUGAGCAUGAGAACUUCCGGGGCCGUCAGUACUUGUGGGACAUGUCCAACCGGGGAGAAUACAGCUGCUAUGACAAGUGGUGCGCUCAGGUGGACCACGUCGCCUCUGUCCGUUCUGUCAGACAGGACAACAGCCCUGCCAGAGCUCAGCUGUUUGAACGAGCCGGCUUCUCUGGUAAGAAGAUGGAGAUUCAGGAUGACAUCCCCAAUCUGAUGAGUCGUUACAGCCUCAACAAAAUUGCUUCCAUCUGCAUCCUCGGAGGAGCGUGGGUGGCAUAUCAGGAGCCAAACUACAGAGGACCUCAUUAUGUCCUGGAGAAGCGUGAUUACAACAACUUCUCUGACUGGAGCAGCCAGAACAGCACUGUGGGCUCCAUACGCAGAAUUCGCUUCAACUAAACACCAACAUGACAUCUCAAAUGAAGCCUGUCAGCUUUACAUACAACAUAUUUUAGUAAUAAACUGUUUAAAGAACCUCUAUGACUUUGAGACAAGUGAAAUGACUAUUGCCACAACUUGCACCAACUCCUGAAAUUUAAAGACAGAUCAUGGUUAUACAUAAAUCCCAACUAAUCUCCUCUGAUAAAGACAUUGUGUGAUGGGUUUAUAGUUCAACCAAAGCCAGGUCCCCAAAUUUACUCAAUGCAGUAGAAUGGUUGGCAAAUUAGCAUAUGAAUCUAAACAAGGCUGUCAAAAGGAAGACCUGAACUAUCUAAAACAUUGUUUCAAGAAAAAAAUAAUAAUAACAACUUCAGAAAAGGCAAAGAUCCAUAAAUCCUCUGUACUCCACAAUAGUACAAGUGCAAUAAUGCACAAUAUUUGGAAACAUUAAAAUGCAUGGAGUACAAGACACAGCUAAAGCACACAAUAUUCGUUGCCAAAUGCAACAGAAGGAGGUAGAGAACAAUUACAUUUCUACCAAAACAGUAAAACUCUACAAAAGCCCAGAGGAUCCAACCCAAUAGAGAGAGGUAGAAAAUAAAAACAAAAACACUUCUGAGUGUAAGUAGUGCAAUUUCUUGAUUAAAACCCUCACAGUUAAGGUGCACUGGGGGGGUCCAUAAAUCAAAAAUGAUUUUAAAAAAACAUUUUAUUUAAAAGCAGAAGUUUGUCCAUAGAUUGUGAUCUGUCAUAAAGUGCAA